ACGGCACAGAGAAGCAGAGAAAAUAGAGGGCACGGGGCCCCUACCCAGAGAAACGGGUCAAACACCGAACCUGCUUCCUGCUCAUCCUGUGCACCCCGGCCAUAGCAAGAGAGGCCUCGUUUUCUUUUCAAAAGAGGUUGCUCUCUGCGAUGAAGAGGUUCUGCCAAAAAUAUAUCAGAACCAGCAUUUCUUUCCCAGUGAGCCGUUUUAUAAGAGGCGUAUCAAAUUUGUGGACCCUCUUAGGUUGGUUCCAGAAGCUGCCGCGCUUUGGAGCUGCUCGCAAAAGGACAACUGGAGUCCCCGCCAGCCAUGAAUCUGGGUUUCACUCAGGAGCAAGUGGCGUGCGUGUGUGAGGUCCUGCAGCAGCGGGGCGACAUCGAGCGCUUGGGGCGGUUCCUCUGGUCACUGCCGGCCUGCGACCACCUGCACAGGAACGAGAGUGUCCUGAAGGCAAAAGCGGAGGUGGCCUUCCACCGGGGCAAUUUCCGGGAGCUCUACAAGCUCUUGGAGAGUUUCCAGUUCUCGCCACACAACCACCCCAAACUGCAGCAGUUGUGGCUCAAGGCUCAUUACGUCGAAGCGGAGAAGCUGUGCGAGAGGCCGCUGGGAGCAGUGGGGAAAUACAGGGUGCGGCGCAAAUUCCCCCUUCCUCGGACCAUCUGGGACGGAGAGGAGACUAGUUACUGCUUCAAGGAGAAAUCCCGGAGCGUGUUACGGGAAUGGUACGUCCACAACCCCUACCCGUCCCCUCGCGAGAAGAGGGAACUGGUUGAAGCCACCGGUCUAACCACCACCCAGGUCAGCAACUGGUUCAAGAACCGACGCCAGAGGGACCGGGCCGCUGAGACCAACGAAAAGGAGACUGGCGAAGGUGGCGCUCCGAAGGACAGAAGGGCUCUGCCUCGGGACAGACCUGUUAUUCCCAGCUCAGACGACGAGAGCUCUCCCCUGGAUAGCCCGGCCACAUACUCCGGCUUGCCUCUCUCCGCUCAGCCAGGAAACUCUGCAGCUCAUGCCGUUCAAAGGAUGGAUUUCCUGCAACACCAGCCGCUCCACAAGGACCUCUUAGGGCCCCUGACCUCUACUCUGGUGGACUUGGGGUCCUGAAAUAGAACAGUGGGGUGCGUCUAUCUCCCUCCCCUUGCAGAUCAUUCUGUUCUACCUUCAAUCUUUGUAUACUUCUGUUUUGCUCAAAAGCACUCAUUCGUUGUAAUUUUCCUCUUAGAUCAGUGAUUCCCAAAGUAGGCGCCACCGCCCCCUAGUGGGUGCUGCAGCGAUCCGGGGGGUGGGGGGGGGGUGAUGGCCACAGGUAGAA